AGUUCGCACCAUUCUAAUUCUCCUAGAUUCAAGUAUUAUUAUAGAGGAAAGUUUGUAAUGUUUCAAUUGGUAUUAAAAACUAUUUAUAAAAAUAUAAGUAUUUCUGUUUAUUAAUUGUAUGACUAAAGUAUGAGUUUUAUUUGGUUACGAGUUAAAUGUGAUUUUCUUGCAUCAACACAGGUUUGUACUGCCGGUGAGUCUGAGUCCGUCUCGCGGCACUUGCUGCGACGCGUCAGUUGUUAAUGCUUACACAACUCUUUAUAUAAAACUGCUGCGCCAUCGAUGAGACAGGCAAUUUUAGAAGAAACGUACAUCGAACCGGCACAGCAUCAGGACCGCCAAUCGGAGCAUGAGGGUGGUUUUAGUGAUAGGAUUUUUAACGUUAUUGACGGUCGUACACGCGCGCCGUCUUCCUGCUGCCAAAUAUGGAAAAUCUACGGAGAAGGCAAUAGCAGAUCAAGAACCCGCAGGUACUGGCCACAAGAAGGAGGAGCAUCAUAACCAUGAGUAUAAAAAGGGAGGAGGCAAAGAACAUCAUGCACACCACCAUCACGAACACGGUGAACAUGGACAUAAAGGUUAUAAAGGCCAUCAUCAUCAUGAGGAAGGCAAGAAGGGUCAUCAUGAUAAGGAACACCAUAAAGGAGAAUACGAUGACCAUGGUGGUCAUAAAAAGGAACAUCAUCAUGAAGAUGGUCACUAUGACGAGCAUCACAAAGGCGAAAAAGGCGAAAAAGGACAUAAAUACGAGGAAAAAGGACAUUACAAUAAAGGCCAUUCUACUAAAGGCCACCACGAAGUACACAAGCUUGAUGAAUUCAAAAAGGACAAACAUUUCUUUGAUGAAGAAGGCGAUUCCGGUCACGAAGAGAAGCACGGAGGCUUUCAUGAGGAACAUGGUCACAAGAAAGGUGGACAUUUCAAGAAAGGCCAUCAUCAUGGUGGUCAUCACGAACACGAACACGGCGAAAAAGGGCAUCAUGAAAAAGGCGGUCACCAUCACGAGCACAAAGGACACAAAGAAGCUGCUGGUCAUGAUGAACAUUAUCAUCACCACCAUGAUCAUGCUAAAAAGGGUGGCCACGAUCAUCACAAGAAAUGGGGUUACAAGAAAGGACAUUGAUUACUCAUUUGACACAAUCGACAUUAGAGAAUGUUAUUUUACUGAAGGCAGAGCUAAGAACGACCAACUCGAUAUAUUUUUUAUCUUGCGCAAGUUGUGGUUAUUACGCAGUCAAUUGUCAAUUACGCCUGGAACUGCGAACUUCUUAGGAUCCUUGUAUUGGACAAUAUAUAAUGCUGUGAUCCGGAAAAUGUUCCUAUUUUCGCAGUUAUCUAUGUAUAAUGUAAAAGCAUAAAUUAUUGUAUUAUCUAAGUAAAUUAUAAUAUUAGAAAAUAUAAGCGUUUUAUAGACGUA